GGGCAGAGGGCACCCCCUGCAGCCUGGUCACAGAGGUAGGUGCCCAGGCAUCCUCAGGUCUGACCCCGCGGAGGAGGGAAGGGGUGACAGACUCAAAUGCGUCCAGGCGCUGUUUGCGUGAGGCUGGUGGAGAGCCCACCUGCGUUUAUCAAAUUCCUGACUAGUAAGUGGGUGGUGAUACUACCACCGGUUUCCAGGUGAAAACCUGACGCUCUGUGAUUUCUGUCAAACUCUGAAGCUGGAGUUGCCCCGGCCACCAGGUCGCCUGGGGCCAGAGCCAGUUGCCCAGAAUCGCGCGCUCUUUGAUGGACAGAGAGGGGCGGAGGAGCGGAUGCUUUAAAACGCCCCGGUUGGUCAUUCCCGGCGGUGCGAGGCGGGCACUCUCAGCCACGGGGCGCGGGGAGCAGUGGCCCGAGCAGGGUCCCCAGAAGCCUCAGAGGGGCGCCUCCAUCUACGGUCGGGAAGGAACAAACCCUAGGGGCAGAGGCGCAAGGCCUGCCAGGGUGCGGAGUGUCCCACGUUGCCUCGGAGAUGGGACCUCACGUGUGGUGACGGUGCUGGAGCCCCGAGGGUCCCACCCUCGUGCCCUGCAUCCCUGGGCGGGCAUGGAGCCCCCAGACCCCGAGCUGAUCCGGCAGAGCUGGCGGGCGGUGAGCCGAAACCCACUGGAGCACGGCACAGUGCUGUUCACCAGGCUGUUUGACCUGGAGCCCGACCUGCUGCUCCUCUUCCAGUACAACUGCCGCCAGUUCUCCAGCCGGGAGGACUGCCUCUCCUCCCCUGAGUUCCUGGACCACAUCAGGAAGGUGAUGCUUGUGAUCGAUGCUGCGGUGACCAACAUGGAGGACCUGUCCCCACUGGGGGAGUACCUGGCUGGCCUGGGCAGGAAGCACCGUGCAGUGGGUGUGAAGCUCAGCUCCUUCUCGACGGUGGGCCAGUCCCUGCUGUACAUGCUCGAGAAGUGCCUGGGCCCCGCCUUCACGCCGGCCACGCGAUCAGCCUGGAGCCAGCUCUACGGGGCCGUGGUGCAGGCCAUGAGUCGAGACUGGGAUGGCGAGUAAGAGGCGGCGUCUGCCCAGCGGCCUCCACCUGGUGGCCUUCCUCUGUCUGUGUCUGUCUGUCGGUCUGUGUCUGUUGUAGCCCGGGCUCCCCCAGGCCCGCCUGUGUCUUGCUUCUUGUCCCCUUGACCGUACUGGAGAGGUGAUGGAGCAGGCCUGGGUCUCCACCCCCGACCCCCCGAAGUAUGGACAGGUGGCUUUUCCUUCAGCAAAGGGCUUCUGGAUUUUCCUGCAUCCUCAGUGGCUUCUUCCCUGCCUGCCCUCUUUCCCCGCUGGUAUCUCUUCUUCAGCCAUGAGGAGAAGCAGCAUUUGGGUGGCGCUGGAGGCCUGGGGCCAGGAAGGUGUAGGGCUCUUCCGUCAGCACCCCUCUUCGGGUGAGCCUGGGCCAAGU